UGGGGGCGGGCGUGGGGGGCGGGGGCUAGAGGCAGGAGGGGCGCUCGGCCCCGGAGAGUGCAGCAGAGAGGGCUGCUUCCUUGGGGGCUGCGGCCCCGGGGAAUGGGCGGGUAGAGGGUGUCCGGGGAGGAGGGUCGGGUCGGAGUGGAUUGACCACCGGGUCCGGAGGGUCCGAGCCAGGAGCGGAGCCUGCACCCUCCACCACCCGCCCUUCGGGAAAUAUCAGAACUGAGCCAAGAGGCAGGUGCAGUGGGAAAACGUAUCUGAGUCCCGCUUGACGAAAGAGAAACUGACUCACCAGCUUACGGCCCGCAGGGUCAGCGGGCCUGAAGGGGGGCUGGGUCUGCCUGUGGUGCAGAGGGUUGGGUGGGCCGGUGUGAGCUGAGGUGGCCUCUGCCUGGAGAUUGGGCUCUGCUGUGUCUACACCUCUUGGCUCGGUUCCCCCGUGCUCCAUGACUCUUUCAUCUCCUGGCGUCUUCUCGUUGGUUUGGAAUUGCCCCUAUGGUUGGAGCCAUCUGACUGUGUAGGGUCCAAGCCAAAGAGAAAGGGGAGGGGGCGCUAACCUGGGUCUGAACAGGAGUCUGGGGUUUGGGGAGAUUUGCCUGAACUGCCUUCCCACUCUUCUUGGUGCCAGUCAUCUUCAAGUAUAACAUGGGGGAGGAACCCUAACAGAAGAGCCAUGGGUUUGUAAAUUCCCUGUCCAGCUUUGCCACUUGCUAGUUGUAAGACCUUGGGAAGGCUCUUCCUUUUGCUGAUUUCUCUUUGAGAAAAUCAGAACCCCAUAAAGAUAGUAAUAAUGACUGUCAUUUGUUGUGUGCUUACUUUGUGUCAAGCCGGGACACGUCCUGUUUAAUUCUCCCAACAGUUCUAGGGGUUAGGGAUCAUUAGUUCUGUUUUAUAAAUACGAAAACCAAAGCUGAGAGAGGACGUGUAAUUUGUUCAAGAUCACCCAGCUAAUAAGUGGCAGUGAUGGAAUUUCAUCCUAAGUCUAACUCCAGAACCUAUGGCCUUAACCACCAAGCUAACCAGCCUUUAGGGCACACUCCUCUGUGAGAGAAGAGGAAGGUGGGAAACCCAAGGCCCCAGCUCCCUGUUUUGUUUUACUUUGUGGCCAGCAAAGACUCACCCAGACCCAGCCCACACUGCUGCUGCCUCUGGGCCCCAGGCUGGAGGGCCACCCAAGAAGUGGGCUCUGGCCGUUCCAAGCCUUCCAAGUACAGUCUUGGUUACUGGGCCCUGGGGUUGGCUUUCAUCGGUCUGUCCUUAAUGAGCAACCUCCGUCCUCAGUGAUGGACCGUGGGAGGCAGGGUCUCUUAAGCUCUGCAGGCCUGGCUCCCUUGCAACCUGGGGCAGUGAGGGGCAGUGAGGGGCAGUGACUUGAGACUGGCACAGUCAGUGCCUGGGGACGAGGACUAUGCGGUGGGAAAGACAGGAGACUUGGAGUUCUGAAAUUUUCUGAGCUCCGGGUUCCUCUUCUGUUACAGAGGUUGUUAAAACCUCUCGCAGGGAAAGGUAAGAACGGCAACUGGGAAGCAGGUGAUAAAUAUCAAAGGAUCAUUUUAGAGAAGGGAGGGAACGUGGAACAGAUUCCUGUUUAGAGGAAGGCGCUGUCCAGCCGUCCAUCACACCUGGAGCUGAAGCCAGGGAAUGUGGAUUGGGGAGGCAGCAGGGGGAGGGGUGCAGGCUAGACAUUGGAGUAGGGGGGCGGUUGAUUGGCUGGGGCUUGUGGGGCUCAAGGACCUGGGGAAGGGCAGGGAGGCAGUGUGGUGUGUGUUCCAGUUGCACUCUAAGAAGUCUAGACCAGAGGAGGGGGUCUGGCCCCGUCCCACCUCAGCAGUGACUCCAUAUAUGUGCCUCUUCCUUCUGCAGCUGCUGCCGCUCACCCCGUGUCUUCUGGCCGCUUCUCUCUUUGCCGCCCCUCCCCACAGGCUCCCCCUCUCCACCUCCUGGGGGCCAUCAUGAAUGGUGCCCCUUCCCCAGAGGAUGGGGCCUCGCCCUCCCCUCCCCCGUUGCCCCCGCCGCCUCCCCCGAGUUGGCGGGAGUUCUGCGAGUCUCACGCCCGGGCAGCCGCCCUGGAUUUUGCCCGCCGUUUUCGCCUCUACCUGGCCUCUCACCCCCAGUACGCGGGGCCAGGGGCCGAGGCCGCCUUCUCCCGCCGUUUUGCCGAGCUCUUCCUGCAGCACUUUGAAGCGGAGGUGGCCCGGGCCUCUGGCUCCCUGUCGCCACCCCUCCUGGCUCCUCUGAGUCCUGGUGUGGAGGUCCCGCCACACGACCUGUCCCUUGAGAGCUGCAGGGCGGGCGGGCCCCUGGCUGUGCUGGGCCCUUCUCGCUCAUCUGAGGACCUGGCCGGCCCCCUCCCUUCCUCGGUCUCUUCCUCUUCUACAACCUCCUCGAAGCCGAAGCUCAAGAAGCGCUUCUCUCUCCGCUCAGUGGGUCGCUCGGUCCGCGGUUCAGUCCGCGGCAUCCUGCAGUGGCGGGGGACCGUUGACCCACCCUCUCCAGCGGGGCCCCUAGAGACGGCUUCGGGGCCCCCGGCAUUAGGUGGGAACAGCAACUCCAACUCCUCUGGCGGGGCUGGGACUGUCAGCAGGGGACUGGUCAGUGACGGGACGUCCCCCGGGGACAGAUGGACUCACCGUUUUGAGAGGCUGAGACUCAGUCGGGGAGGGGGGGCCUUGAAGGAUGGUGCAGGCGUGGUGCAGCGGGAAGAGCUGCUGAGUUUCAUGGGGGCUGAAGAGGCUGCCCCUGACCCCUCCGGAGUGGGCCGGGGAGGAGGGGCAGCGGGGCCUACCUCAGGGGGAGGGGGGCAGCCUCAGUGGCAGAAGUGUCGCUUGCUGCUUCGAAGUGAAGGAGAAGGAGGAGGAAGUCGGCUAGAGUUCUUCGUACCCCCCAAGGCGUCUCGGCCUCGACUGAGCAUUCCCUGCUCCACCAUCACCGACGUGCGGACGACUACAGCCCUGGAGAUGCCUGACCGGGAGAACACCUUUGUGGUUAAGGUGGAAGGCCCCUCGGAGUACAUCCUGGAGACAGCUGAUGCGCUACAUGUGAAGGCCUGGGUGUCUGACAUCCAAGAAUGCCUGAGCCCGGGACCCUACCCUGCUACCAGUCCCCGCCCCAUGACCCUCCCCCUGGCCCCUGGGACCUCCUUCCUGACAAGGGAGAACACAGACAGCCUGGAGCCGCCCUGCCUGAACCACUCGGAGAGUCUGCCCAGCCAGGGCCUGCUGCUGGGACCCAGUGAGAGCAGCGACCGCCUUUCGCAGGGGGCCUACGGAGGCCUGUCAGACCGCCCCUCAGCAUCCAUCUCCCCCAGUUCCACCUCCAUCGCUGCCUCCCAUUUUGACUCAAUGGAACUGCUUCCCCCAGAGUUGCCCCCCCGGAUCCCCAUUGAAGAGGGACCCCCAGCAGGGACCGUUCAUCCCCUCGCAGCCCCUUACCCACCCCUGGACACUCCGGAAACAGCCACAGGGUCCUUACUGUUCCAAGGAGAGCCAGAGGGAGGCGAGGGGGACCAGCCCCUCUCAGGGUAUCCUUGGUUCCACGGGAUGCUCUCUCGACUCAAGGCCGCCCAGCUAGUGCUGGCUGGAGGCACUGGCUCCCAUGGGGUUUUCCUGGUACGUCAGAGUGAGACGAGGCGAGGUGAAUAUGUCCUCACUUUCAACUUCCAGGGCAAGGCCAAGCACCUGCGUCUGUCGCUGAAUGAGGAAGGUCAGUGCCGGGUCCAGCACCUGUGGUUCCAGUCCAUCUUUGAUAUGCUCGAGCAUUUCCGGAUGCACCCCAUCCCCCUGGAGUCUGGAGGCUCCAGUGACGUUGUCCUUGUCAGCUAUGUCGUGUCCUCCCAGCGACAGCAGGAACCGAGCACCUCCCAUGACCCACCCCAGCCCCCUGAACCCCCUUCAUGGACAGAUCCCCCACAUCCUGGGGCAGAAGAGGCGUCGGGGGCGCCAGAAGUGGCGGCAGCAGCAGCCGCAGCAGCCAAAGAGAGGCAAGAGAAAGAGAAAGCGGGCAGUGGAGGGAUCCAGGAAGAGCUGGUCCCCGUGGUUGAGCUGGUCCCCGUGGUUGAAUUGGAAGAGGCCGUAGCCCCAGGCACGGAGGCCCAGGGAGGUGCUGGAUCUGCUGGGGCGCCGGGGGUGACCCUGAUGGUGCAGCUCCAGCAGUUACCACUAGGGGGCGACGGAGAAGAAGGGGGCCAUCCCAGAGCCAUAAAUAACCAGUACUCCUUUGUGUGAGACACCCUACCCCACCCUCUCUCUUCUUGCUCCCCAGCCCACAGUUGGUGAGAUUGGGGCUGGGCCGAGACACAGAGGAGCGGUGGGAAUCCCCUCCCCACAUGCUUCCUGACCCUUGACGGCCAAGGGCAUGUAUGUUGGUACAAAAAGUUUCAAAAGCCCUAACUCCCCAGUUCAUACACUACAGGUGCCCCAUCCCCUGGGCAGGGGAUUCAGGCUCCAUUACCUCCCUACGGGGCUCUUAUGGCCAGCCCCAUCCCUGGGGGCCAUUUCCCCAUUAACCACCCCUCAGCCCAAGGAAGGGUUGAGGGGGAAGGGCUGUCAGUUAUAUUAAGGUGGUUGUUCUUGUUGUUUUAAACAAAAUGGAGAAGCAUAACUAAAUAAAAAGGUUUAUCUCA